UGGUCGUCCGUGAUUACUACCAAAAUACAUGUCACUGAUUACUAUUGCACAGUUUUAGCUCGAAAUCUAAUUUUGUAGGCUUGUUACGUCUUCUUCUUUUAGGCUUGUGCAAUUAGAUCGACACUUACAGUCGCCAGAUAUGUGGAAUGUGAUUUGAGAAGCGUGACAAUGGUUGUUAUAGUUGCUCUUUGUCAUUUUUGCGAGCUGUCAGGUCCGAGUAUUGUCUUCACCACCCAGACAAGGCAGUUUGGAGCUGUGGACAAUGAGGCUGCACUGCGUGAUCAAGGCUAUGAAGUUGUGGAGCGGCGACAAUCAUCAAGCAAUCUUGCAGCAAGAGUUCCUGGAGCGACAGCAGCAACGGCAGUGUCGGAUGUAGCGUUGGCUCCAGCAUCUGCAGGUCUGACUACUCCAGGCAUGGCUAUGGGGAGAGGUGGUACAAGGCCGUCGGUUGAGCAGGCCACCGCUAGCACUGCUACUCCAGCAUCUGUUGAGAAAGUCGAUAAUGAAGAGCAGAGUCAUGACACACGACUAAAGCAGCAUUGCCAGGCAUGCCAGUCGUUCAGUCAGCAGCACCAUGGCUUUAUCAGUACUGAUCCUGCCACCAACAUGCACUACCUCACUUCCCAAGAGCCAUACACUGCAGCUCUGUAUGGUACUGUUCGACACGCCUGCCUGAGGAGUUUAAGUUCUGAAGGCUGCCCUGGACGAGAAGGCCCGGUGUUGUUUGGUUCCGACCAGCAAGGCUACGUGUUUAGUUUCACAUUCUAUCUCAAGGACAGUGAGGCUCGCGGUCGAACUAGACUGUGUAGCAUUGUGGUGUGUUCGGAAGACAAGCUGUUACUGUCAAGUUCUUGGCUCUUUCUCGUUGAAUGCUGUGGAGCUAUUUCAGAAGAAAUGAAAAGCAAAGCACUGAGUGUGUUUGAUCGAGAUCAGCAUGAUGCCUUGAAGAGCAGCACCCUGGCACACAUUCACUCCGCUAAUAAAGGCCUGCGGAGACCUGAACAGGUCCGAUCUAUAGCUGAGCUAUGCAAGCAGCCGCAACUCUAUCUUCAGCUUCACCAGUCAUUUUCCUGGAUGUUAAGUGGAUUAUUUACAAGAGUUCAGACCGUGCCCAUGACAUGCAAGAAACGUGAGUUAACGAAGCGUGAAUCUUUUAACGACAGUCUAGAUGAGGACGAUGACUCCCAUGUUGCAGAUUCCGUUGCUACUGCUACUGCUAUGGCUCCUACUGAGACCCAGGGCCAGGCACAUGAUGCACGUGAUAAUGGUCACCAUAAGACGUAUACGGCUACUGAUAACGCUGCCAAUGAAGGGCCGUGCUUUUCUGCCAAUGAAGGGCCGUGCUUUUCUGCCAAUGAAGGGCCGUGCUUUUCUGCCAAUGAAGGGCCGUGCUUUUCCUCACUGAAGCACAUCCACAGGCGUCUAGGUGCCAGUAACUUUCAUCUCGUUGCUAAUCAUGUGAUCCGUGGCAGCCAGAUCAUUGUCCGUUCUGACUCGCCGUCCACCAAUAUAUCCACGCUGAAUAUUCUUGGAAACCUCUUGCCAACCGGUUGUUGUUCAGCUGUGGCAAAUAGCCCCCAGUACUUGGACAGCUACCGCUGCAAUCUACUGGGGAUGCGAUUGGAGUCAGAUUUGCCACAGCAUUUAAGUGGUUCUGAAGUAUUUGUUCUAUUGGAUAUUGUCUCAUCAAGCAAGAUUGAUGACAGGAUAAAGAAAACAAAUCUUGCUGGAUGGAAUGGCAUUGCAUGUACCACUGAAGGUGAUCCUUUUCAAGGCUAUAAUUUCCUCUUGUUCUGUGGUGGAAGUGGUCGUGACAAUCCCAGAAAUACAGGCCCAUUGCUUUUACAGCGACUCAACGCCAUCGUUGCUGAUCCGUGCCUCGAUGACGGGGCCACAUCAGAAUGCCUGAGUGCGCUCAAGGAAGAAUGGAUGAGUAAAGUUCACAUUGCGUAUCGUUUCUCCCGGAGGGCAUCAGAAGAUGCAACUGCUAAUCGACCGCGUCUUCUACAGGUCCUGCAAGUGGGUCCGGAAGAGUUGCCUGUUCUUCAGUUCUGGUUGCGUGCAUUGGACUCCGAGCAGCGUGGUGUCCUCCUGCGCUUAUAACCAUCGGCUUAGUGGGACUCUGCCAGCUAAGCCCAGGACUUGAAAGAUAAUGCAAGCUGUAGCACACCGUGAACAGGAGCAAGACAUUGACGUUUCACCCCGGCUCGACUUUCCGACACCAUCUUCUUGAGAAUGAUGUUGAUGGGAAGUCCAGUCCACUGAGCCGCUUCCGGCUCUGUUGUUGAGUUCAAGUUGCCUCAUGAUGAAAAGGGCCAUGAGAGGAGGUGAUUGAUUAGUGAACCUGAUUUGAAUCGGACUGCGAGUGGGAAGGCACGAACAUGUGCAUAUGUUACCAUGGUAUGCUAGUGAGAGGAGGUGCAUUGUCAUUGAGAUCUGGUCACGCAACCAUGCACUGCCAAUAACAAGUCAAGUUUAAAAGGGCAACAUCGCCAUUUGAAUUUGAUGCAAUGCUCCAUGGCACUUCAGAUGAUCCAGAAGUUGCACUUCCUAUUUUAUAUUGAUUAAUAUUGCGCCGCAGUCAAUUGUCUUAUAGCAAAUCAUUUUAUGUCUCACGCUUUAGGGAUUUGCACAAUAUUUUGUUCAUUUCAAGCCACAGGAGCAUUCUUUUCUGGGGGCCUGGGAGGGGGGGGGGGGGA